GUCACUUGACAUAAACUUUGCUCUUCAGAGUUUCCUUCAGAGUAAUUCUCUGAUAAGCACAGGCUCUGGUCACUUGGUGGCAGCAUCCACCCUGAUUUUGCCUUGUGAUCUUGCUGAUUCAUUCACUAUGUUUGCAUUUUUACUGGAUUUUCCACUUUCAACAGAGCAACAAUGCAGUCAAUGAGGCCGUCAGUGGGUGCGGGCUCCACCCUGUGUUUCUUUUCCUUCGGGGAAGGGGAGGGCAGUGAUUGUGCAUGUCGGUGUAUCAUGUAUUAUGUUUGCUGGCCCGUCUGGUUGUAUGUGAGUGCUGAAGGGGUGGAUUAUAACAUUUAGACUGAAACUAUGGGCCUUGACUGACAACCUCUAGGUGUGGCCUUCCAGGUUCUUCUGUGUGAUCCAGGAACUACCGGCUGAUAAAAGUGGCUGAGCCAGUUAUUUUCAGAGCAUAAGAGAGUGGAAGUGAAGCCAGGCUGAGAGAGACGGACUGGAGACAUGGCAGAUACAGCUGAAGAAGCAGCUCUUGUCCCCAAACAGCAGCUGUGUGGCGUCUGCUCAGGUGCGCUGAGCGGAGACAAGCCGGCAGCCUGUGGUCACUCUGUCUGCGGCUCCUGUCUCGGGGACAAAAGUAAAGGCUGUCCUAACUGUCUACAGAGCCCCGACAAGCCUGAACCUGCUCACGGUCCCACACAGAACGGAACGGAGGCUGAAGCUCCUGUGAUCAAGAGCCAAGAUGAGCAGACUCACGACUCCAAGACGGCAGAGGAGAUCAAAAUCCAAGAGGAUCUGAAGGAGUCUGAGGACCCCAAGAAGCCCGAGGAGGAGGAGAAGAAAGAGUCAAAACCACAGACAGAUAAGGAGGUGAAAAAUGGAGCAAAAGAUGAGAUAAAAGAAGAGGAGGUUAAGGUGGCACCUUUGGGCCCUGACGAUGUGGUGUGUGACUCGUGUAUCGAGAGCCCCUGCAGGGCCCUCAAGUCCUGCCUCACCUGCCUGGUGUCCUACUGCGAGGCCCACCUCCGGCCUCACCUGGAGAAACCAAAGUUUCACAACCACCGGCUGGUCGAGCCGCUCAGGGACAUCGAGAGGCGGACCUGCGAGAGCCACAAAUGGCCCCUGGAGCUUUUCUGCUGCGCUGACGGCUGCUGCGUCUGUCAGGACUGUGUGACGGAGGACCACAGGGGCCACAACACCGUACCUGUGGUGGAGGCUAGCAGGCAAAUACAGAGGGAACUCUGUGAGAAGCAGACUGAGAUGGUGAAGACGGUGACAGCAGCAGAGAACGCCAUCAACAAACUUCAGCUCAACACAGUCUCUAUUGAGCAAUCGGUGACCGAGGUACGAGCGGUGAUCGAGAGCCAGUUCGAGGAGCUGCAGGCGUUGGUGGAGAAGGCGAAGCGGGAGGUGACGGAGAUCCUGGAGGUCGAGCAGAAGCAGGCGCUGAGGCAGGCCGAGGGGAUCCGGGUUCACCUGGAGCAGAGGUGCACGGAGCUGAAGAAGACCCAGGCUCAGAUGGAGAAGCUCUCGAGAAACAAAAACGAUGUGGAUUUCUUACAGGAGUAUUCACGGUGGAAGAAAGAAGCCACUGAUAUUUCUCUGCCUGGGGUCUACAUCGGCCUGAUGGACCGUCUGAAAUCCUUCAGCCGUGUGAUCGUUGACUCCACGCAGGAGCUGUGUGCCAUGCUUGUGUCUUCAUACAUAGAGAAAGUUAAAGAGACAUGCAAGAAUGACAAAAUGGGAAUAAAGACAACAGUUCAUGAAAUUGUUGCAGCAAAACAGAACAUGUCUAUACCAGAUCCAGUGACACAUGCCGACUUCCUCAAGUAUGCCACGCACCUGAGUUUCGACGCUGACACGGCUCAUAAGUUCCUGCGCCUGACAGAAGAAAACAGGAAGGUGACUAACACCACACCCUGGCAGCAUCCGUAUCCUGAUGUACCUGAGCGCUUUGAGAGCUGGCGCCAAGUCCUGGCAACAGACAGCUUCUAUCUGGGGCGACACUACUUUGAGGCAGACAUCAGCGGCGAGGGGACGCACAUCGGCCUGACCUACAAGAGCAUCGACCGCAAGGGCAAGGAGAGCAACAGCUGCAUCACAGGAAACAACUUCUCCUGGUGUCUUCAGUGGAACGGCCGCACCUUCUCCACCUGGCACAGCGGCGUGGAAACCCCUCUUAAUGUGGAGAAGUUCACUCGUAUCGGGGUUUAUUUGGACUACACGCGAGGCUUCCUUGCUUUCUACGGUGUGGAUCACACCAUGACGCUCAUCCACGAGUACAAGGCAGAGUUCCUGGAGCCUCUUUAUCCGGCUUUCUGGUUGCCCAAGAAGGAGAAUAUCGUGGCCUUGGUGGCACCAGAUGAGCCAUUACGGCUCAAAAGCCCCUCUCCUCCCACCUCACCUGCAAACGGAGCUGUAAAACGGCAGCAUAGCAAUGAUCAGAAGUCCGUUUUUCCGGGAUCAUUUAAGUGACAAUUCAACAAUAAGAGAAUACUGUUUAAAACCUAUAAACCUGUAUGAAAUGUUUGUCUCUCAGCAAUAGACUUAUUAUCUGAAACUUAAAGGAAAAAAUAUGGAAAGUCUUGCCAUAUUAAACCUGCUUACAGCAAAACUAAUAUGAUAUUCUCAUGUAUAUUUGGGCUCAAUUCAUAUUUAUACCCCUGUGUGCGUUUAUGACUACCUGUGUAUGGCUACUGUUACUUUUCACCACACUGAAUUCAGAAGUGUCCUAUAUUUUCUGUAUGAAAAUAAAAAAUUGUAACUUCAUUUGCAAAUAAAAUCUCUUUUUGUUCACAGUUCAAGCUUCCCCACUGCAUCAAAUCAAGAGGCUCACUUAAAUAAUUUGUGGGAUAUUUGGACUUCUGUUAUUGUGGAUUUCUUUGGAAAUUAUCCUCUAGAUAAACGGGAAAUCUGCCACAAAAACUAGGUGAAUAAACUGGGAAGUAACUUUGGCUGUUGUACUACACGUUGAACAUCAGAAAGUUGUGGAGUCGUGGCUGAAAUAAUCCAAUAAAGUUGAACCUGA